AUGAUGAAGGACUUGCUGGGUUUGCCUGCCCACAAUGAAAAGGCUGGAAUCUGCUUCAAAUGCCCCGCCAAGCCAGAAGACGUUGGCCAGGUGCACUCCACUGCCAGCUGGAGACAAGCAUUUUUUUCACAAUGGUCAUUUAUGGAGCGAUUUUUUCGGGAGGCUCGGCCAAUUUCUCCCGUUUGGGCCUUUCCAGGCUUCACUUUGUCUGCGGUGAGGCUUGAUUGGCUGCACAUAGUCGACUUGGGCAUAGCCGCCGAUACUUGUGGGAACAUUCUGUGGCAACUCCAGGAAAAGAUGGAAGGAGACAACAUCAAAGACAGGCUGGCCACAUUGUUUUUGCUCAUUCGUGCUGCCUAUAAAAGGCAUGGUGUCGACCAGGAUACGCUAGCGACUUUGACCCAGACCAUGAUUCGAAAAGAUGCUUCUAGCCCCCCAAAGCUGAAGGCUAAAGGAGCUGAGGUUCGAAGACUUGUCCCCAUUUUGGCAGAGCUGUGUCAUCAACAUCUGGACAGCAGUGUUCCGGUCGAGGAGGCCACCAUAGCUGUAAUCCACUGGCUCCUGGAGGCUUACAAUGCACUGAACAUUGAGCCCUACAUGCCUUAUUUGCUGGAGGAUGCUGCUAAGAAGUUUGCCCUGCAGUAUGUUGCCUUGAAAGAUUUUCUUGCAGAUGGCAUCCAUUGGCGGCCCAAGCCGAAGCUUCACGUGUUCAUGCAUUUGGCUGCUUCAGACACCAAUCCUAAGGAACUUUGGUGUUACAGAGAUGAGGACUUUGGAGGGGCAGCUGCAGCUAUGGUUCGGGCAAAGGGUGGCUGGAACACCCCCAAGAGCUCUUCGGAGCAGGUCUUGGACAAGUUUCGAGCAAAGAACUCUCUGCCCGCCCGACAGGUCUUCCUCAUUCACGUUGCGCCUCCCUGCGGCACAGCCUCGCGGGCACGCGAAAUCCCGAUCAAAGGGCAGCCAUCCCCGCCCGUCCUUCGCAGCGAGGCCUUCCCUGCGGGGCUGCCCGGCCUAUCUCCCUCAUGGCAGGCCAAGGUCGAUUCUGCUAACUCGAUAUAUCGCCGGGCUGCGCGCUUCUGUGCUUGGCUGCUUGAGGAGGCGCCCCAUACUCACUUCUGCGUGGAGAACCCUGCUCGCUCCUACAUGUGGUUGCUGCCUGAGUUCCGGGACUUGCGUCCUCGUUGUUCUGUUGUGCCUUAUGACGCAUGCAUGCACGGGGGCGCGCGCGCUAAGCAUCAGGAGCUGUGGACCUCUCUGCCCGAGUUGUCCGCCCUUGCCCGCCAGUGUUUUGCACUCGGUAUGCUUCCGUCAAAUGAGUCGGCCCGAACGGCCACACACAAGCAACCGCGCACUUCUAAGGCUGUUGUCUUGAUCGAUGAGUACCCUUACCAGGUCACUGUCCCCCUCCCGUCCGGCCAGUUGCCUGCGCUCGAUGACAAAAACUGUUUGUGUGCUGCUUUGGGCCCCGUGCCUGUCGGUUCUAAGGUCCUCCGGGUUAAUUUUGAAGGGGGGGUGGUUUUCCCGAAGCGCCCUCGACCCGACAGAAAGCUGGCAGAUCAGGUCUUGCUGGCUGGCCACUCUGCUGUGGCCUCAAUCACUUGUGGUGUGUACAGGGACCCCUUGCAGUUUGCCAAGCUUUCCCUUACCCUAACACACCCCUUUGACGUAGCCACAGCCCUACCUGACCAGGCCUUGACCGUUCUCGCCAGGGUGCUCCUCGAUGGUCCUUUGACUGUUGUUAGACGCAGGUUGGACCUCUACCUCACCUGGAGGAAGUGGGCUCAGGAGUUGGAGGGGCGCGAGGAACAACUGCACGCGUCCCUCCACCCUUCCGUGGCAAGUGUGGUAAGAGGUAAGAAGCUCCUCCUCCUUGAUAGGAUUGCCAAAUCCUUGGAUUGGCCCGAUGAGCACUUGCACCAUGACCUCACGGGGAGGAAAAGCCAAGCGGCUGAGGUCCUGAAGCCACUCUUGUGGGAUAAGAUAGCCCAAAGCCCGGCAAAUCCUCAUGAGCAAGAUCUUUUCGACAUCACGCAUGCUGAGUUUUCGGAAAAGGGGUGGCUGGACCCAGCUCGGUCCUGGGACGAACUCGAAGACUACUUCAAGGGCUCAUGGGUCCCUGCCCGUCGAUUUGCAGUGGAGCAAAGAGGGAAACUAAGGCCCAUCGAUGACUUGGCCGAAAAUGGGGUCAACAGUGCCUUCGCUCCUUGCGACAAGCUCACGCUCCGGGCCAUCGACGAGGUUGUUUGGACUGCAGCCUUCAUCAUGCGCGCCUUGAUUUGCAGAGGCUCUGUGCAUGUGCCACUCUCCACGGGAGAAGUGAUCUCUGGUCCACUUCACCCGUUCUGGGCUUCCAACACCUCUCGGGCACGCCCGCUUGUGAAAACGGUGGAUCUUAAGUCCGCCUACAAGCAGCUUCCCCUUCACCCGUCGGAUCACCGCCUGUGUGUCGUGAGCUUGCGUAGGCCUUCUGAUUCGCGAGUGGUGGGGUAUGUUUCAAAGGUGUUGCCAUUCGGCGCGUCCGCCAGCGUCACGGCCUUCAACAGGGUGGCCCGUCUUCUUCAGAGAAUUCUGCAGGAAGCUUGGGUCAUGACAAGCAACUACUUCGAUGACUAUCCCAUACUGGAGUUGUCUGCACUUGCCGGGAGUUGUGAUAAGACCGUGCAUAACAUCCUGUCCCUUCUCGGCUUUACUCGUGCUGCUGACAAGGAGGAAGACUUCGCUCCUGCUGCGAACCUCUUGGGUGUCACCCUAGACCUGUCUGACCCCACCCUUAAGCAUGUCAGAGUUGCAAAUCGCGAGGACAAGUGCACCGAGAUGUCGGCCUCCAUUGACCAAGUGCUUGACAAGGGUUUUCUUAAGGCCUCCGAGGUCGCAUCUUUGUUCGGACGCAUUCAGUUCAUGGAGGGCCAGCUGUUGGGGAGGUUGGGGCGUUUAGCCCUUAUGGAGCUUAGGUCCCUGUGCUCCUCAAAUGGGGAGUUGCGUCUUGGCAAGUUCGAGUGCGAUGCUUUUCGAAAUCUUAAGCAGCGCUUGGUUUCGGGCCCUCCUCGGGCCAUCCCCACGGCGAUACCGAGAGGGUGUGCUUGCGUCUUUACCGAUGGGGCAUGCGAGUUUGAGGACGGCCUUCCUGUCUGCACCAUAGGGGGCAUCCUCUACCACAAUCAGGAGGGAAGUUGGAACACUCGCUUCUUCGCGUGCAGGAUGCCCGCCACUCUUGUUCAAAAGUGGAGCAAUGCCGGCAAGCGCCAUUUUGAUUGGACCCGUUGA